CUCAGUCUCUACUGAAAAGUGACCAGAAAAAAUAACAUUUAUAUAAGCCACACUAUUUACCUUUAUAAAAUGUGAUGAUGCUCUUCUCUUUUUUAUGUACUAAUUCUAAUGCUUUUCAAAUCUGCUCUGUUUCUUUCGGAUUCUUUUGAACCAAAAGCAGAGUUUGAGCUUCAAGUUGGGAACCAAGCAUGUCGUUGGAGAACUUCUUCAACAUAUUUGGUGCAACAAAGCUCAGAAGUCUGCUUUGGACUGCAUGGCCACCACUAGACUCAACAUGCUUGUUGGAGCAUGUAACUCUACCUGUGGAACUUGGGUUCUUUAUGAUCUUGCUAGUCCAAUUCCUAAGAAAAUGUAUGAACCUGAUCAGAAAGCAAAGCAAGGUCUUAGAUCAUGCCACAGAGAUGCGUCCAACUGCAAGAAAAUUCGGUUUGGCUUUCAAACUCAGCUUUGUUUGCACAACUUUCUUGUUGGCUGUUCGCAUCUUCAUGCUGAUACGAAUGCUCGAUCACGAGGCUCAGUGUACCUCUAAACUCCAGGCUUUUUCAUCAGAGAUAAUUCAAGUGUUAUCAUGGGCAAUUAGUCUAAUAGCAAUGUGCAAGAUAACAAAAUCAGACACUCAUUUCCCUUGGAUUCUAAGGGCUUGGUGGCUUUUCAGUUUCCUUUUGUGCAUUACCAGCACAGUGCUUCAUGCACAUUCCAUUUUCACCAACCAGGGUCAGAUUGGUGUACGAGAAUAUGCAGAUUUCUUUGGAUUGAUGGCUUCUACAUGCCUUCUAGUUAUUUCAACAAGAGGGAAGACAGGCAUUGUCAUAACAACCGCCGCAAAUGGUAUAUCAGAACCACUUCUGGGAGAGAAAACACUGAAACAGAAACAUUCUGAGUUUCAAGGUGAAUCUCCAUAUGGAAAAGCUACUGUUCUGCAACUCAUUAACUUCUCCUGGCUCAAUCCUUUGUUUGCAGUAGGGUACAAGAGACCCCUUGAACUGAAUGACAUUCCUGAAGUUGACAUCAAGGACUCUGCUGAGUUUCUAACCUGCUCCUUUGAUGAGAAGAUUAGACAAGUUAAGGAGAGAGAUGGGACUUCUAACCCAUCUAUCUACAAGGCAAUCUACUUAUUUGCUAGGAAGAAAGCAGCAACCAAUGCGUUUUUCGCAGUGGUGAGUGCUGCAGCAUCAUAUGUUGGUCCAUACUUGAUCACUGACUUUGUGGAUUUCCUAGGCGAAAAGGGAAACCGGGGGUUGAAGAGUGGGUAUCUUCUGUCACUAGCCUUCUUGUGUGCCAAAAUGAUUGAGACCAUAGCUCAGAGGCAAUGGAUUUUUGGCGCCCGGCAGUUAGGCCUUCGCCUCAGAGCUGCAUUGAUAUCUCAUUUGUAUAAGAAGGGCUUGCAUCUAUCAAGCAGAUCGCGCCAAAGUCACACAGGCGGCGAGAUAAUGAAUUAUAUGAGUGUAGAUGUUCAGAGAAUUACAGAUUUUGUUUGGUAUGUGAAUGUAAUAUGGAUGCUGCCUGUACAAAUUUCUUUAGCUGUCUUCAUUUUGCAUACAAAUCUUGGAUUAGGUUCAUUGGCUGCACUAGCAGCUACACUGGCAGUGAUGGCUCUGAACAUACCUCUUACAAAAAUACAGAAAAGAUACCAAACGAAGAUCAUGGAGGCCAAGGACAACAGGAUGAAAGCCACUUCAGAGGUUCUCAGAAACAUGAAGACUUUGAAACUUCAAGCAUGGGAUAGUCAAUUUUUUCAAAGGAUAGAAGCAUUGAGGCAAAUAGAGUAUAGCUGGUUAUUGAAGUCAUUAAGGCAAGCAGCAUUUGCUGCUUUUAUCUUCUGGGGAUCACCCACAUUCAUUUCUGUGAUAACCUUUUGGGCAUGCAUGUUCCUGGGGAUUGAACUCACAGCUGGAAGGGUCUUAUCAGCAUUCGCCACAUUUCGAAUGUUGCAGGAUCCUAUAUUUAGUUUACCUGAUUUGCUCAAUGUGAUUGCUCAAGGGAAAGUUUCAGUUGAUAGGAUUGCUUCUUUCCUCCGGAAGGAAGAAAUCCAACGUGAUGUAAUCGAACUUGUCGCGAAGGACAAAACAGAAUUUGACAUAGUUAUUGAUAAAGGGAGAUUCAGCUGGGAUCCUGAGAUGACUAGUCCAACCAUUGAUGGAAUAGAAUUGAAAGUUAAGAGAGGAAUGAAGGUGGCAAUUUGCGGAACUGUAGGCUCAGGAAAGUCUAGUCUUCUCUCAGGGAUUUUGGGAGAGAUCUAUAAACAAUCUGGGACAGUGAAGAUUAGUGGAACAAAAGCUUAUGUUCCACAAUCAGCGUGGAUACUAACUGGAAAUAUCAGGGACAACAUUACCUUUGGAAAAGAGUACAAUGAUGAAAAAUAUGAGAAAACUGUGGAAGCAUGUGCACUGAAAAAGGACUUUGAGCUAUUCUCAGGUGGUGACCUUACAGAGAUUGGAGAAAGAGGGAUUAACAUGAGUGGAGGACAGAAGCAAAGGAUACAGAUAGCUAGAGCAGUUUACCAGGAUGCUGACAUAUAUCUUUUUGAUGACCCUUUCAGUGCUGUUGAUGCUCAUACCGGCACCCACCUCUUUAAGGAGUGUCUUAUGGGGAUUCUCAAAGAGAAAACUAUACUUUUUGUUACGCACCAAGUUGAGUUUCUUCCAGCAGCAGACCUCAUUCUGGUGAUGCAAAAUGGAAGGAUAGCACAAGCUGGAACCUUUGAAGAACUUCUUAAGCAAAAUAUAGGUUUUGAGGUUUUAGUUGGUGCUCACAGCAAAGCUCUAGAGUCAAUUCUUAUGGUUGAAAAUUCAAGUAGAACAAAAUUAAGUCCAAUAGCUGAAGGGGAAUCCAACACCAACUCUAGCUCAAGUCUUAAACUCGAGCAUACACAGCAUGAUGACUCGGUGCAAGAUAAUCUUCUUCCAGAUAGCAAAGGCAAUGUUGGAAAAUUGGUGCAAGAAGAAGAAAGAGAAACAGGAAGCAUAUCAAAAGAAGUUUACUGGUCUUAUUUGACCACAGUUAAAAGGGGAAUCCUGGUUCCACUCAUACUAUUGGCACAGUCUUCAUUCCAAAUAUUUCAGAUUGCAAGUAAUUAUUGGAUGGCCUGGGUUUGUCCCACAACAACUGAUGCCAAACCUAUUUAUGAGAUGAAUUUCAUACUACUUAUUUAUAUGCUGCUAUCUGUUGCUGGUUCAUUCUGUGUUCUGGCGCGAGCCAUGUUGGUGUUAAAUGCUGGACUUUGGACAGCACAGACGUUUUUCACCAAAAUGUUGCAUAAUAUCCUCCGAGCCCCCAUGGCGUUUUUUGAUUCCACCCCAACUGGAAGAAUCUUGAACAGGGCCUCUACAGAUCAGAGUGUGCUAGACUUGGAAAUGGCAAACAAAAUAGGAUGGUGUGCUUUCUCAAUAAUACAAAUUCUGGGCACUAUUGCAGUGAUGUCUCAGGUGGCAUGGCAAGUGUUUGUCAUCUUCAUUCCUGUAACUGGAGUCUGCAUCUGGUAUCAACGAUAUUAUACGCCAACAGCAAGAGAAUUGGCUCGGUUAGCACAGAUACAAAUUACUCCAAUUCUCCACCAUUUUUCAGAAUCUUUAGCAGGAGCAGCAUCAAUACGAGCUUUUGAUCAAGAACAUCGUUUCGUAUACACAAAUCUUGGCCUUGUGGAUGGCUUUUCAAAGCCAUGGUUUCACAAUGUGUCUGCAAUGGAAUGGCUUUCUUUCAGAUUGAAUUUACUUUCAAAUUUUGUUUUUGCCUUCUCACUGGUCAUGCUAGUGAGCCUCCCUGAAGGAAUUAUCAAUCCAAGCAUUGCAGGGUUGGCUGUAACAUAUGGAAUCAAUCUAAAUGUCUUGCAAGCUUCAGUUAUAUGGAACAUAUGCAAUGCAGAAAACAAGAUGAUAUCAGUUGAAAGAAUUCUUCAGUAUACACAUAUAGCAAGUGAAGCACCUCUUGUGAUUGAAGACUGCAAGCCACCAAGCAACUGGCCAGAAACUGGAACAAUAUGUUUCAAAAAUUUGCAGAUACGUUAUGCUGAACAUCUCCCAUCUGUGUUGAAAAACAUCACUUGCACAUUUCCUGGAAGAAAGAAAAUCGGUGUUGUAGGACGCACCGGAAGUGGAAAAUCUACCCUCAUUCAGGCUAUUUUCAGGAUUGUUGAACCCAGAGAAGGAAACAUUAUCAUUGACAAUGUGGACAUAUGCGAGAUAGGCCUACAUGACUUAAGGUCAAAGCUAAGCAUUAUCCCACAAGACCCAGCCUUGUUUGAAGGCACAGUUAGAGGAAACCUGGACCCAUUGGAGCAAUACUCUGACAUUGAAGUGUGGGAGGCUCUUGAUAAAUGUCAGCUAGGACACCUAGUGAGGGCCAAGGAAGGGAAGCUGGACUCCCCAGUUGUUGAAAAUGGUGAUAACUGGAGUGCCGGACAAAGGCAACUAUUUUGCCUUGGAAGAGCCCUGCUGAAGAAAAGUAGCAUACUAGUACUGGAUGAAGCAACAGCCUCCGUGGAUUCUGCAACUGAUGGUGUGAUACAGGAUAUCAUCAGUGAAGAGUUCAAAGAUCGAACUGUGGUCACCAUAGCUCAUCGAAUCCACACAGUAAUUGAUAGCGAUUUGGUUUUGGUUCUCAGUGAUGGGAGAGUAGCGGAGUUUGACGAACCAUCAAAGUUACUUGAAAGAGAAGAUUCCUUCUUCUUCAAACUUAUAAAGGAGUAUUCAAGCAGAUCACAUAGCUUCAACAGCUUGGCAACUCAACAUGUCCAGAGCAGGGAAUGAUUCAAAGAAUAUGUGUAUAUAUUAAUGUGUUAUAUGUACACCAGAGUUCCAGAUUGGUACUUGUUGGAACAGAAAGGCUCCAAACUGUUCCAACUGCAGCUUCAUAAAACAACCUGGGAUACAUAUAAUGGAGCUUCUGGUCCCAUGUGAGGUGACAUUGUUGUUGUACUUUUCCCCUGUAUAAAAGCAAAUCCUCAAAUGGCUCUUCAUUGAAUGUAUAUGAAAUUUGGAGACCCCCAUAGCUAGUUAGUUAGUCAAAGAUAAUUAGUUAGAGAGAGGGGGGAUAAGAAGAGGAUAUAAAUAAUAGAAGGAAAAUGUAUGUGAAUGUGAGAUUAUUCAUUCAAGGAAGAAUUGGGUGGGGUAUUUGGAGAUCCUCAAAGUUCUGUGAUAUUGGUUUAUCUAUCCCCAUUUUUUUAUGAUAAAAUACCAUUGUGACAUUCAAAUGAAUUGAAUGAAUGCAUGUUUGAAUCUACAA